UUGAAAACUACCUAUAUUCCUUUUUUAAAGUUUAAAUAUGGACUCAUUAUUUAAUAAAAAUGGGCUCCUAAACAGAUCCACAUAUAAAUAUACCAAAAAAGAGUUGGUCGGCCCAAAAGUGGUCAGACCACGUGAAUAUAAAAGAACCCUAAAUGAUAGGGUUUUCUCAUUUGUGCUCUCCUUGUUAUCAUCGCCUCCGCGGAGAUGUUCUAUCUUGUGCUCCACAAUUGUAGCUUCUUCCCCCUUUAGUUAUGGGGGAUUAACAUUCCCCACCUUGAUGUUGUUGAGUUUGAUAUCAAAUUUCAAAGGUUCAUUUUUUAGCCAUCUGACUUCUUCAUUGUUUCGUUUCUCAACUCACUCUGAUUCUUGUUUGAAGGUGUACUACAAAUUAUUAAGUUUUGGAGAAAAUGGCAGAGAUGGAAUAAAAUUGAUGUUGGGAUUUUAUAUAGAAUAUUCAACUAAUUCGAGAUUGAGGAGACAGUUGCAACUCUUGGAUAGCUACAAACGUUUAACUACGGAUGACAUGGUGAAAGACCCAAAGUUUUCACACUUGCACGGUUAUCUUCAUGGCACUCAAACUAUUGCAUCAGUCGGAAAUCGAACCCAGGUCUGGACCAUGGCAGGAUACUGUUCUAUCACUAGAUCACUAGUGCUUACACAUUAAAAUACUUCCUUCGUUUCUAUUUAGAAACCAACUAAUUAUAGCAGGAUGUCAUAUAAAAAGGAACGGAGGAAGUAUACUUCAUCUUUUGUACUAGCAGUAAAGUACAAUCCCUAAAAUAUUUUAUAUCCAAUAAAUUGAAAAUGCAUGAUCAUGUGUAGUAUCUGCUCUUA